ACGAUCUCAGUACUGACUGACACUGAACAAUUUCCAGUGUUAAUGUGUUCUGUCAGUGAAAACAAAGACCAUGGUUGGCUAAUUCAAAGAUGACCUAUUGUAGUGUGAAUCAUGCAUGACUGAUGCAAUCGUUGCCUGUCCGACCAUCUUUACACAAACUGCAACCAGGCAACGGGUGUGAGGAGGCAACUGCAAACAGUGCAUUGAGGAAACCACAGAAAAUAUGAAACCAUCUACACUGGAUAUUUUUUUCAAGAGAAAGGACAUGUAAAUACAGUUUAGCAUAACAUCUGAUACCAUGAACCCUGUUUACAGCCCUGCUCCUUCAGGGGUCCCCUAUGCAAAUCCAAAAGGAAUUGGAUAUCCAGCUGGUUUUCCAGUGGGCUAUGCAGCUGCUCCUGGCUACUCUCCUAAUAUGUACCCUGGCGCAAAUGCAGCCUUUCAGACAGGCUUCGCCCCAGGCACACCAUAUAAAGUCUCCUGCUCUCCCACUACUGGAGCAGUGCCACCAUACUCCUCAUCACCAAACCCCUACCAGACAGCAAUGUACCCUCUUCGAAGUGCCUAUCCACCACAGAACCCGUAUGCACAGCAAGGUGCUUACUACACACAACCUCUGUAUGCAGCACCGCCCCACGUAAUUCACCACACCACAGUCGUUCAGCCCAAUGGUAUGCCUGCGGCCAUGUACGCUCCUCCUAUCCCACAACACAGAGCUAAUGGUGUUGCCAUGGGCAUGGUAGCUGGGACCACUAUGGCAAUGUCAGCUGGUAUGAGCACUUUGUUGACAACCCAUUCCCCAUCUCCUGUAGCUCCUCAUCAAGUUACGAUGCCCACAUACCGGCCUCCAGGGACACCUACUUAUAGCUACGUGCCCCCGCAGUGGUGAUCAGUCUGGCAGUGUUUAAAGAUGGGAGAUAUGCAUUCAGUCGGGUAUUGUACACUUGGUGCUGAUGCCCUUAUGCCUCUGACCCAGGACUCCUUCCUUCCAAAAGAAAAAAAAAUACACAAAAAAAGAAGAAACUUCCAGUGCUCAACAUUUUGCCAAAAUUCUAGCAAAAACCCAAAUCAGUGAAGUCGUGGUAACCCACAUCCGCAUAUCUUACAUCUUCCAACUCGGCCAUUACCGAAACAAAACAGAAAAAAAUGGUCUUGAUUUGUGUACUGUCUUGCAGUUUUAUAGCUAACCUAUAAAAUAAUAAGGGAGUAUAAAUUAAUUAUUUGGAUUAGUUGAAUGCAUGUUUAAAAAAAAAAAAAAGAAAAAAAAAAAUGCUUGCUCAAUCUACCUGCAUUGACUGAUGCAAAACCGUCAUAUGCAAAAUCCAAAGGAAUUGAAGUUCAACAAAAUAAUUCUGCAACCCAGUAUCCCUGUUGCAAUGUCUUAACUUCAUAUAAAAAAGUACCUACUGAAAUAGAGCAAUUGUGUAUAAGUGAAUUUCUAUAUAAUGAAAAACUCUCUAACUCUGGAUACAUACUAGAGUAUACAUAUAAUUUUUGUUUGUUGUUGCUGGAGUUGUCAGUCCAGAUGGGCACAGUUUUUAUUUCAUUGGGUGAUGUUACCAUUUAGAGUAUUUUGGAGUAUGCCUUUAAAGCAAACUGGGGAUUCUGUCUGGCAGGCUGUAUAUUAAGCCAGAACUGUCUUAGCAUUUACUUUUGUGUUGAUUUGUCAGUUUUAUGAAUGCAGAUGUUAGUGAUGUGUUGCGUGCAGGGUGGGGGAAAAACAAAAAAUAUGCAUGGCCAGGUUUAGACCUUGGAACAACAUGGAGAUGUGAAAGAUCCUGCCCAUUUUACUUUAUUUUCUUUGAAAUAUUGCAAAAGAAAUACUAAACAGAAAACAGUACACACCGAGCCCAGAGCGAGACAAAUAUUGUAACAGCUACUGUGUUUCAAAUUGAAGAUAAGACUUUUUUUAUAUAUAGUCAGCCAGUUGAUUUUAAAGGUACUGUUAAACUGUUUAAAAAAAAAAAAAAAGUUUUACUUGUAAAUGUUAAAUCCAAUUUAAUACUGGCAAUUCAAAUGUGCAUUAGGUGUUAAAGCUUUUAAUAUAUAUAUAUAUAUAUAUAUAUAUAUAUAUAUAUAUAUAUAUAUAUAUAUAUAUAUAUAUAUAUAUAUAAAGAGAAUUGUCCUAAUUUACAGAAUAUAUUAAGAGACCAAUAGCUGUAGAUAUUGGGCUUUUUCUCCCAAACUAAAUCCAUUUAAAAGUAAAUUGUGAGUAUACAAAUUAAAAACACUUUUUACAGCUUCAUUAAAUUCUGGAUCUUAUUUCAUGGAUUGUAUUUCUGCUGAGUGUAAAACCCCUAGGCAAUAUGGGGCAAUAACUGAACAAGCAAUGUAACGACUUAACCUAUACAUUUAUUCUAGCUGAUUAGUGCUCUUCCCUACACCAUACCUAAAAGUUGGAAUUUUAAAAUGGAAACUCUUCAAUCUGUGAUUCUGUGUUUAUAUCCCCAAAUACUACAGCAAAAGUAUCUGUCUAUACAUCAUGACUUGCUAUUGGGACCUCGAGAACAUGGCUACAUGGUGGUCCACAAGGUUGAUGAGGAGCAAAUUGAAAGUUUAUUUUUCUUGAAAGGGAACAGGCAAUUUUGUUACAGUUUUUGUUUGUGUUUUUACGGUCAGUUGAACGAAUCGGUCAGAAUGAUGCUUUUUAGGUCUUCUGGACUUUAAGCUCAUACAUUUAACUUCUUACACAAGCCUGUAAUGGGGGAUACCUUUAUAUUUAGAUGUAGCAGUUCACUUAAGUUGAUUGGUUUUAUAUGAUGGUAGAUUAAGGUAUUGUGUGUAAUGCGUUUCCACAGUCUCAGACACUUUCUUUCACCAUUAACACUGUCACAUUGGCACUAAUAGAGAGCACUGUGCCAGUGGCCCUUCAUGGUCUGGCUGCAGCAUGGUUAGCAGUGUUUAGUGUGGAAUCUUGCUCAGAAAUAUUGUCUUCAGUAACUGCUAUGUGGAAUAUAGCAUUAUGCCAGCCUGCAACAUUAAAACACCAAAUCACUUAUUUAAUAAUUUAAAGGUAAAAAGGGGAAUUCAUGGAUUAUUUAAAAUUGGCACAGGAAAAGUAUACUUUUGCAUUAUUAUAAUUCUUGUAAUUGAUUAUGUUUUCACGUCACAAAAUGGUGAGCAUUUUAUUUUUAUUCUAAUUUAACUUAAUAUAUUUACACAAUUUUUGUAGUUUUUGCUAGAUGGAGCUUCUGCAUGACGUAGUAAAGUACAACCUAUAAAUGGCAAGAGCCUGAUUUGCGACAAUCAAAAUAGCUUGCUAUCUGAGACUGCUGGAAAUUUGGAUCACGUUUUACUAUUACUAUUUAUUUUAUGAGACCAGUAGAGUACUUUGUGGAAAUUGUUCAAACAGUACCAAGAUACAUUGCAGUGUUUAAACAUCUCAGUUUAGAAGGUCAGCAGGCAUUUCCUAUACAUGUAGCUGUACCAAAUGCAUCACUCGCCUCUUCAAGGCCAGACAACUGUCAGCAAUACUGAUUAUUUCAGCUGUGGAGUUUCUUUAGCUGCAUCAUCAUCCUGCACCAACCCAGACCUUUAACACUGCAGCCUUUUGGCAUACAUUGUCUGUAUGCCAUAAGUAAAGUGCAUACUAACAGUGUCUAGAGAACCUUUUUACCUGUAAAGCACCCAAGACUAGAAAAUACAAAAGAUUUCAUAAGAAAUGAUGAUAUAAUUCUGACUGACUUGUAAUAAACUGGCAAAAACAUGGACUUACAUUUUGAUUGUUCCCUUUUUAAAAGGUUUACAUUGAUGUACAAGUCAAUUUUAAACGGCAUUUUAGUCAUUAUGAAUUAAAAAAAAUAAUAAUAAAGAAGUAUAGUGGCUGUGGUAUGUUUGUGUCCUGUCCUGUGGUGGUGGGGGGGUGCUGCUGCGUUGUAAUAUUGGAGCCAUUAUGGACAAAAUUAAGUUUCUCUUGAUUGCAACUAGCCUUUAAUUUUCCCUAUUGUUUUUUUGUUUUGUUUUCAUGGUUUUGUUGUAUUUGGCAACAUUGAUGAGCACAAUACAUUAGUGCUUGAAAAUCAUUCAAUUUUUAUUUUUAUUGUAAAAAUACAGAGAACAUGACAUUUAGACUUGAGCGAAUUCUCCUAAACCAUAUUAAAGGGUGCAGAAUUUCUACUUUUUGUAAUUGGGAUCAAAUCAUUGCACCUUUUCACAUUUGACAGCUAGAAAAGCUAUUUAUCAAAUUACAGUCCAAUCUGUGGAAAGUAGCACUUGUUUCCAACUGCACAACACUGAAAUUGGAUUGUCGAUCCCCAACUAUGAACAGCCUUAGUUGUGACAAACCGUAAAAAAUAAAUGAAGUACUAAGAGAUAGUGCUGGGGAUUAACAGUGUUGUUUCCUUCUGUCACUCAGUUUGUGAUUUAUUUUACAGUGAAUGAGACUGCAGAAUCCAGGGCUGUGCUGAGAUGCUUUCUGGUCUGAAAGACCACUAUGUUUCAACAGAACAGUCAUAAAACAGCUUUUAUUUCAAGUGCUGUUGAAAAUCAGAACCAGCAGGUGGCACUGUUUCAUGAAAAAUAUGUUCCAGGGGUCUUAAAAAAAAAAAAAAAAAAAAAAAAACCCUAAAUACAUAAAAUCCUAGUUUUCUGGUUUUGAGGUUUUCUGACACGUAGAGCACUUUAGAUUGAGAGAAUGAAACUGGUAAAGCCUAGGAACUGCAACAAUGUAUUCUUAGGUGCUUUUCUGAACAUUGAGCAUACCUAACAAAUGUCACCUUACAGCUUGUACCUGAAAGCAAUACAUAGCAACUGAUACCUAGUUAAAUAUUAAGGGAUGUGUCUGUUUCAGUCUUACUUGUGAUUAUUUGCAAAGUAUUCCUUAACUGCAUAGAUAAACCCCAACACUACUGGCUUCUGUUUGUAUGUUUUUUAGAAUCAGCUAAAGGGGGUGGGAGUUUUGUAUUUCAGAUGUCCAAAGAAACCUGUUAUUGGCACAGGUUUUGAAAUACUGUUGAAAAGAAGCUAACACAACAAUAACACUAAUGUUAUCUGGUGACUUAUGCUUAUAGUGGUAUUGAUACUUAAAAAAUAAAUAAAUAGUUCAACCAACAAGCAUGAAGCAGUAUAAUCCUGUCCGCCUUUUUCAGCACUGUCGCUGUUGCCAAUAGGUAAACUGACUACAUCUGACAAUCGACAAAUCAACCUGCUGUUAUAACUGUGUCUGCCCUUCAAUGUCUGUGAAGAUGAUUAGGGACUGCUGUAAGACAACUGUAAACAGUUUAUAAAAUAUGCAUAUUCAGGUGUAGUUUAUUGAACUGUUGCAGUAUGAUUUUCUUUAAAGACACUGGAGCAAACUAAGAGGGGGAGGUUAUUGCUUGAGAUUUGCCCACGUCAAAUAAUAUAUGUAGGUCCUGAAAACCUUGGCACAUGAAGACUGAGAAAAGCUUCUGAAACAUAAGCCUCCCGGUUCUCCUUAUGCCAUUGUUAUUUAAAAGAAACUGUUUUAUUUGUUGUUUUGUUGUUUGUUUAUUUUUGUCAGUUUUUCCCUGUUUUUUUAUGAUGUGUGAAACACUAUGCUUAAAGAGCAAUUGUUUUGGUACUUUUUUAAUUUAGUUUAGGUCAAUGUUGUCUUCCAAAGCAUAAAUGAUUUUGACUUUUGAAAGAUAAUUGUAUCAAAACAUCUUUUUUUUGUUUCAUUCUGAGCCAGUUCAAUUAUGUGUAAAUUCAUACGUUUUAUUCUUUUUUAUUGUUUAAAUAAUCUGUUGAGUGGAUGAGCUCAGAUUUAAAUUUUAACGGCACGUUUAUUGUAACAAAGAAGUUAUGUAUUAAUACUUACAUUUUCAAUAAAGAUUGACUUGUGUUGCUUA